AUGUCGGUCUUAAGACAUUUGAAGUAUUCCUUGAACGAACUGGUUUGGGAUCUUACUAGUGCGGAGAGUGAGAUUCUAAAAAAUCGUUUUUGCAAUCGCAGGCAACCCUCCUCAUUUUGGGCAAUUGACGAGCCCUGCAGCGUAGAGGACUUCAAUUUCACUAAGGUAGACCCUUCGGAGAGACUCUUUCAAAUAAGCUUCCGAAACUUGAGCGAUUGCUGUAGUCUUGUUGUUGCGAAUACAAGUCCCUUCAUGAUGGGGCACUCACUCAUCAUUCCUGAUCCUGGAAAGCUACUGAACCAGCCCAUCCGAAAGAAAGCUUCCCUCCCUUUUUAUAAUGAGCUUGAAUCGCAUCCGGUGGACAAUUUCGUCUUAGAAUUUCACAAUGUGGACGAACUUCAGACGUCAUUUGGACGACUCUGGAAUCUUGUCGAGCGAUGCCAGGAAAUGAAGAUAGCUCACAACCUCUUUGCAGCACGCAGUGCUACGGGUGCUUUGCGGGUGGUGCUGUGGCCGCGGCGGUCAGUGUAUGGGACCAAGACUUACCAGGAGUUUUCCGCUUCUCAGGGCGCAUGUGUUUUUAACAUAGCAGUGACCGAAUUGGCCGGGAUGUUUGUAGUACCUGAUGCGAGGACUGCUCACUUUCUCUCCUUGCCUAGUGGUUUCCGUAAUGCCUACAUCGGUGAGCGACUCAAUCGCUAUGAUAUGGCGCAGCUGGAAGCCUCCCUAGCCUCUUCAGGAAUUUGA